GGCGACUCCCAUGCAUCGGCUUAUAGCUCGGCGGCAAGCUGAAGCCAAUAAGCAACACGUAAGAUGUCAGAAAUGCUUGGAAUUUGGACAUUGGACUUAUGAAUGCAAAGGGAAAAGAAAGUACCUACAUAGGCCUUCGAGAACAGCAGAGCUGAAGAAAGCUUUAAAAGAAAAAGAAAAUAGAUUACUGCAGCAAAGCAUGGGAGAGACCAACACGGAAAGAAAGACCAAGAAGAAGAGGAGGCCUAAGAGUGUCACGAGUACCUCUAGCAGUGACAGUUCAGCCAGUGAGUCUUCAUCAGAGAGCGAGACAUCUGCCUCGUCCUCUUCAGAGGACAGCGACGCAGAUGGAAGCCUCUCCAGCUCCUCCUCCUCCUCAGCCUAUUCCUCCUCCUCGUCCUCCUCCUCCUCCUCGUCCUCCUCGUCCUCAGACUCAGACUCCAGCUCCUCCAGCAGCAGCAGCAGCAGUUCCGAGAGCAGCUCUGACGACGAGCCACCAAAGAAGAGGAAAAAGAAAUAGAGCUCUCUCUUCUCUGGACCAAUGGACAGAAAGCAUUUGUGACUCCCAGGGGAACUGAAGACGUGCUCAAGCAAGCAAGUUAGCUGGUCAGACUUGUUAAAGUCCAGAACUUUCUAAGUAUUCACCAUUGUGUAGGAUAUUAAAUAAAGAUGUUAUAUAUAUAAAGAUGUUUAUUUUAGGAAUGACUAUUGGGUUUUUGCUGUUGCUUUUCUUUUUGUAAAGACUGGGUCUCAUUUUGUAGGCGUGGCUGGCCUUGAACUUGAUCUGUAGCGCAGGCUGGCCUCGAUUUCAGAGAGAUCUACCUGUCUGCUUCUCUAGUGUUGGGACUACAGAUACGCCACCAUGCUCAGCUUUUGUUAACAUUUUUUUUAAAUAAUUUUUGAACUCUAUCUGUAGUACAUAAUCAAAGCUGAAAACCAGGAAAUCUAUUUCAGUGAUGGACAAAAGUCAUUUUUCUCCCGCCUAUGAAAUGAAUGCUUCAUGUGGUAUAUGUUAAGGUGUGUAUGGGUCGGUCUUUGAUGAUACUGCAUCAGAGUAUCAACAAGUUUCUUGUGCUCUUUUGGCUGUGUUUAUUAUGUGAGAUUUUGUUAUUGUAAGUAGUUUUCCUACUGUUAAUAAAUGUGCUCUAUUUUUAUGUUUGUAUCAGAAAA